AGCAGCUAACACCACUUCCACUCUAUUUUUUUUUUACCAGCAACUUCACCGAAACGCUGAGCAGCAAGUCCACCAUACGAAACCCGAACACUAACGAGCGAGAUUCGACUGGUGUACUUGACCGCUUCACCCCACCGUCUCCCUGCGCAUCCCACGCUUGCCUCUCCAUGCCCAACACCCUCACCCCUCCCAGCUCGAUCGAGUCUGCCCGCGGUGCCCUGAACGAUGACGUGUUUGUGGACGCAGCACCGCAGGACGGCCACGCGGCCCUCGACGACGGACUCGUCCAAACCAGUUCGCCCACCGCGAAGAAUGUUACCUCCUUUUCAUUUCUCGAUGACGGUCCCACGACCCCCGACGCCACCGAUGCGCCGACGGAGCGGCACUGGUACACGCCGAUCCUGGAUCUGACGAGGCGGAUCGUGCCCUACGGCGGCCUCGUGUCGAACUGCUUCACGCUCGGCUCCGUCACGCUUGGGCGGCGGCAUCAUCUCUAUGCCCUCCUCCUUCGGCACCAGCGGCAUCCUCAUGGCCGUCAUCUACCUCGUCGUCAUCACCGCGCUGACGGUGUACACGAUCACGCUGAUGGGCUACGCGAUCCGCAAGACCGGCGCGCGCAACUUCGAGGAGAUGGGCGACAUCGUGUUCGGCAAGGGCUGGGGCUACUUCGUGGGCUUCGUGCUGGCGCUGUCCUGCACCGGCACCGCCAUCGCCUACGUGAGCGCCGCCGGCACCCUCAUGACGCCGAUCCUGCAGCAGGCACCCCACACCCCGGCGUACCUCAAGACGCGCAACGGCAACCGCCUCAUCGUGACGCUCAUCUGGCUGUGCCUGCUGCUGCCCGUGGUGAUCCCGAAGCGCAUCAACAGCAUCCGCUACGUCGCCGUGGUGGGCUGCACGAUGGUGCUGUACUUCGUGGUCACCAUCAUCGUCCACUCGUGCUCCAACGGGCUCAAGCUGGGCAUGCGCGGCGACAUGCGCUACUUCACCACCGGCAACAAGGCCAUCUACGGGCUGUCCAUCUUCGUCUUCGCGUACAUGUGCCAGGGCCCGGUGUUCAGCCUCUGCUACGAGAUGACGCCGCGCUUCUCCAUCCGCCAGCUCACCGUCGCCGGCGCCAUCUCCAUGACGGUGUGCAUGGUGUUCUACAUCAUGGCCGGCGCCUUCGGCUACCUCGACUUCGGCGACGACGUGCAGGGCUCCGUGCUGUACAACUUCGACCCGGUGCACCAGCCCUACAUGAUGGUGGCGUACGUCGGCAUGCUGGUCAAGAUCUGCGCCGCCUUCGCCGUGAACAUGAUCCCGAUCCGCAACUUCGUCUACGCGUGCCUGCGCUGGGACCUCGACACCACGCCGUACUGGAAGCACUCGAUGCUCAUCGUCGCCAUCGCCGGCGUGGUGCUCGUGGCGGGGCUCUUCAUCCCGAGCGUCAACCUCGCCUUCGGCCUCGUCGGCUCGCUCUGCGGCGGCUUCAUCGGCUUCAUCUUCCCCGCCUACUUCUGGAUGUUCAGCGGCGGCUGGAGUCUGCAGACGGUGGGCAUCUGGCACUGGCUGGCGACCUACCUGCUCGUCGUGUGCGGCGUCAUCGCGAUGGUCUUUGGCACCAUCGCCACCGUCUACAGCAGCUUCAUCGACACGAACUGA